GCAUUCUGCCUGCUACACGGUAGAUUUACCCUGAUAUGACCUUGCCUGUCGACAUGUCCCUCCUGAUAUGAAACGAAACGAGAAUGACUGUGUCGCUGAGAGCUAGUGCUACGAUUUUUAUCUGAUCCUUUCUUCGAGUGAAAGACAAAGCUGCAGUGAGUGGCAGUCAGGCGGCAGUACUUGUAGUGCUGACCAUUCGCGCACAAUCUUGUUCUGUCCUCUCCCGGAAAGACCGCGCGCGUGGCCUCACUGCUCACUACUGCAGCUCAGCUGUUUUAUUGCGAACUGAGCAGGUCGUGUAGCGAGUGUGCAGACUCAGCGAUCAGCUGCUGCUGCGUGGUGAGUGGACGGACGGCAUGCGACAGGUACCUCACUCAGUCGAGCGCUGAAGCUGCAAAAAGGUAGUCGUGAAAUCGUCAUAUCCUGCUGAGUGCUGUGAGGAAGGAACAGGAUUUUACUUAGUUUGGGCACCUGAUUUAGUAGUACUAGUAGUAUAGUUGACUGCGCCCUGAUUUCAGCGUCGUGUAAAUACCGCUCUGCUGACGGUUCGGCGUUGUGGCCGUCACUUGGGUGAGUUGAACUAACUCAGUUGAAGUCGAAUCACUGCGCUCCACGGAUUGAGCAUGGAGACUAGGUACGGUGAAGAUCGCCCAGGUCCCUCGUCGUCCUCCGACUCUGUUUCUCCGCUCAGCAGGCGCAAAGGACCUCUGGCACCUGUGUUGUUGCCUGGCAGUCAGCGGAACCCCCGCUAUCGCGCUGGCGCACUUGGCAACAGUCUGCCGCCAUUGGACGAACCCCCAGCAGUGGAGCUGCGACUCCCGAGCAUCACAAACAACACCGAGAAAACAACGCAGCCUCUACGUCCAGCACCCUUACGACCAGGUGUCAGCAGCGGCGAUGCUAACGAAGGUCGAUGCUCGCCACUAGCGGACGUGGAUCGAAUCGAGCGAUGUCCGUCACCGCUGCUAACUCAGCGGAGAAAAUCGCUCUCUCCGGCGAAACGUAGCGGCGGUGGCGGAGCGUCGUCGCGCCUUCAGCGCUCGCCGGAGCCCAUACGACGCAUCGCGAGUGCAGAGUCAUCCAGCAACGAUGACAUCCCCUCGAUCUACUUAGGCAGCGCCACUAGUACAAAUGGGUCUGUGUCUUCAUCCUCGUCCGCUGAGUAUCUGAGUGAGUCGUACCCACACCAGACAACUAGCAGCAUGUUUAGAGCGAGUAGAAGUGGCUCAAGCUCCACAUCGUCGCACAUCACCAGCCUGCGAGACUUCUCCUCGCUGAGCCGUUCCCUACCGUCACUAACGGAGGAGGAAUCGCCACGACGCACCUCGGCCCCGGCCAUCCAUUCGUCAUCACUCCUCGGAGCACGCCUGCCACGCAGCGGCUCGUUCGAGAGCGAGCUAUCGUCGCACCAUGGCGACUCGCGUCUCGGCCGGCAUCGUCACCAUAGCAACCCGUCGGCGAUGGCAUCCAAGUCGCUGGCCGGCAGCAUGGCAAGCCCGAUGACGUCGCGGCGUCGGCCUCGGCAACCGUCGUCACCAACACCUCUCAGUCUUGGAGACCUGUCACCAGACAUGGCUGCAGGAAUGCUCUACUCCAGGGAGUGUGCUACGUCCUCACGACGACGGAGCAAAACGGUAUCACCGGAGCCCAUCCCCGAGGACGACAUUGCCCCGUCGCCCAGCGUGCUGCGACGUCGCUCACCCUCCCCGCAGCCGCCCGUCCACGCCAGCGGCAUACCCGUGUCGCCCCUGGCAACCAGCGGGCCCGCGCGGCACGUCACCGUGCCAACGUACCAGUCGCUCAUGGUGACGAGCCCGCGACGCACCCGCCCGAACAACGUGAACAUUCUCUCUCGCAGCAUCUCGCCGGGACGCGCUAGCAGUCUGGACAGUGGCGAAGAGCAGUCUCUAACCGGGGCUCUAUCGCCGGUUAAAGAGUUAGAGGCGGACGACGAGGACUCCGACGGCUGCUUGAUGCCGGCGAGUAUGGGACGAACCAGCCGCUCUCGUUCCCUCGGCGAGGUGGACGUCCUCACCACGAAGGCGUUCGCUGUGCCCUCUGGUGUCUCGGCCACAGUCAAGUCCAACAUGACGAAGUCGGCCACACUGGAUGAGCUGCAGUCAAGCAGCAAGUUCUCUGCACCACCACCGCUUAUACGGAGCGAGCCGUGUUUUGAAGACGAUGACUGAUACCAUUGCGGGUGUGUUUGCCAGGCGACCGUUCUUAAUUACGUUCUAGUGUGUGAGUGUGUGUGUGUGUGUGUGUUGGAUUGGGUUGAGCAGGCAGUGCUGUGUAGCGUUGUGUCUAUACCUGUCUGUUGCUGUGUGACCUUGGCUGUAGAGACUGUGUUGGGUGACCUUGAGCACGGUGAAGAAGGAUAUGUAUGUCUAGUUUGUACUACAUAGACUACUGUGUACUAACCACCGGCCAUGUCACAUAGCGUCCAUGCCUGUCUGUUGAGUGACCGUAGACACGCUGAAGACGGAUACGCAUGUGCUGUUUACGCUGCUGCUGUCCCGCCGUGAGUGUUGUGACCCUCCAUUGACGACUGCCAUCUCCCCUGCUCUGCUCUUCUCCGGGUUUCCUCUUUCUUCAUUACCACGAUGGCCGUACGGUAGUUAUGCAAGCUGUCUGGUUGUUGAGAUGUCCACUGAUGGACAGCAAUGGCAGCAAGACCUGAUCUAUUGCCCAGUUGUCGACCUCGGUGGCAGCAGUUGUGGUAGCUUGUCUGGUUGUUGAGAUGUUCACUGAUGGACAGCAAUGACAGCAUUAACAAGACCUGAGCUAUUGCCCACUUACCGACCUCGGUGACAGCAGCGGUGAUAGCUUGUCUGGAUGUUGAGGUGUCCACAGACGUACAACGACGGCAGUUGCAACAAGAUCUGUGCGGGCGCUGCUGAUCUGUCGUCCACUGAUGGACAACGACGGCAUUUGCAACAAGAUCUGUAUGGGCGCUGAUCUGUCGCGGUCCACUUAUCGACCCCGCUGGCGGCAGUAAUACAAAUACAAACCUGUAUGGAUGUUUAGACGUCCACUGCUGGAUAACAAUGCCAAUAAUAACAAGACCGGAGUCUGGACGCCGAGUUGCCGUCCACUGAUCGAGCCACCCGGUCCAACUGCUGCACACUAGAUGACGGCUGAAUUCAAGUGAUCGUCCCCAACAAUAUCUAGAUACGAUUUCUUAUAUGUUUUAGUAUAGAUAGGCCCAGUGCGGUGUACUCAUGUGGAUGCCUGCGUGCAGCCAAUACUGCACCUUAACGGCGAGCCAUUCUCCUUGCCGUCACCACGACGACAAGCUCAGUUUCAUAAUUAGGUAGAAGUUUAGUUUCCUGCUGUAGCGCACAUCCAGCUCUAGACUGUGCACACACUGGCCAGUAGGCCCGAUCAAAGAAAGGAACUGGGUUGACCUCGUUGCCUAUGCAACGUCCAUUCAACGCCGCUCGUGCCGAGUUUUUUUCCCGACUUGAGUGUCCAGACAAGAUCACCCCUGUGCUAAGCCAAUAGUAUCCAUGUAACAUGUUCGGUAUGUGUGUUCAGUAUUGAGUCUAACAUUGAUGUCUGCUCUAUAUUGUUUCCCUCAAUGGUUUCAUGCUAGUGACAUGCAGAGAUUUGGGUUAAGUGUGCGCAGGCAAAAUUAUUCAAAAAAUCCCUAUUAAUUUUUACUCAAUCUGCGGACAGCAUGCUGCAUAAUUUUUAUAAAUCUGCUCAAGAACUUGUUGAAAAUGCUGCCCAGCCUGA